UGCAUAUUUUUCAGCUCUAGUUAAUAAAUACAAAACAAAGUUUGAAAAUGAGGUGAGGUGUGCAUGACGACAGGUCUCACAUGGAAGCCUCACACGACUCUGCCGCCUUACGCGUCUUGGUGGUGUGGUGUUGAUGGUACCGCUGGCCGUUCGGGUGGGACUCUGGUCCAUUUGGCUAUCUGGGUUUGCUUUGAUUGUUCUCUCCUUCUAUUCCAUUCAGAGGUUACCGCCCAUCAUAGAUCAGAAAACGAAGUCCAUACUCAGUCAAAAGGGGUUUCGUGAUAUGGGCAAUCCUAAAAUCACUAUAUUCUCGGCGCCUAGUCCUUUUACGGGAUCUGUUGCGGCUAGGCAGAGCCUAGCUGUUCGUUCAUGGCUUGCUUUGUCAUCACAGAUUACAGUUGUUCUGUUUAGUCAACACCCUUCUGUUUCUUCUUUUGCAGAAGCUUUUGGUUCCCGGGUUUUGGUUGAACCCAACAUUGAUUUUACAUUCCUCGGAACCCCAUUCUUUCAUUCCAUGAUGUCAAGAGCAUAUUCAUUCAGGUCGGACAUUUCAGUUCUUGUCCAUUCUGAAGCUCUGCUCUUUCCUGACUUCAUUUCCACUCUGAAUGAUGCUUAUGAACUUGAAAAUGAUUGGCUACUAGUUGCAUUGUUGCGAAAUGUGUCCCAUUUUCCAUUCUACUUAGAUGAGGCUGGAAAGCACGGGCGAAGAGAGAAUGGAAAAAUGAUAAGAAGCUUGGAGUUGCAGGAGUUCAUACUUGGCCAAAAUUGGCAGCAGAGUCCCUGCCAAGAGAGAAAGCUUAUGGCAUGGAAUAGUGGAGAUCUGCCAUUACAUUCAGGAGUUCUUCCUCCUUUCUUAUAUGGGAGGGGGGUGCAUGAUAAUUGGGUUAUUAACGAGGCCUUAUCAUCAGCCUUCAGGUUUGUGUUUGAUGCUAGUUUGACCAUCUCUAGCUUUUAUCUAAAUGACCGAGAAAAUAAGUCUUAUGGGGCUUUUGGAGAUUCCAGUGCUUUUACUUAUGAAAACAGAAGCUGGGAAUAUGUUGGCAAUUCUAAAUUGGGGAUGGUAUAUGGAUCACUAUUUUACCAAAAUGCCAAUUAUUCUGAACUGGUGAACCUUCUGCAAUGUGACGGGCAACAUUUUUUUGUUGACACAAGAAAGAACACUUUUCAUCCAUUUAGAUAUCAGAGCGCACCGGUUUUAGGGAAAGGAAGGAAUUUGCGUUCCUGGAGGAGGAAAAGGAAAAACAGUGAUUGUCUUGAUUCGCUGAAACCUCUAAAGAGAAUGUUAAAUUGUUCUUUAAAGAAUCCGUCGAGGCUUCCUGAAUCAAUGGACUUUCAAUUCUCCUUAGAAUCACUUCUUCCAUUGAUGGCAGACAGGAAUAAGACAAUUGUGCUUGCAGUUGCUGGAUAUAGUUAUAAGGACAUGCUCAUGAGUUGGGUUUGCAGAUUACGCCACUUGCAGAUUCCGAAUUUCAUUGUUUCUGCUCUUGAUGAAGAAACAUAUCAGUUCUCUAUCUUGCAAGGCCUGCCUGUCUUUAAGGAUGUGUUGGCUCCAAGUGAGAUAAGCUUCAACGAUUGCCAUUUUGGAACAAAAUGCUUUCAGAGUGUGACUAAGGUGAAGUCCAGAAUGGUUCUUAAGAUACUUAAACUGGGUUACAAUGUUCUUCUUAGUGACGUUGACAUAUACUGGUUUAAGAAUCCAUUGCCAUUUCUUUAUUCUUAUGGUCCUGGUGUUCUGAUGGCUCAGUCUGAUGAAUACAAAGAAACAGGGCCAAUAAACUUACCAAGGCGGUUGAACUCUGGAUUUUACUUUGCGUUUUCUGAUGGUUCAACGAUUGCAGCUAUGGAAAAGGUAGUGAAGCAUGCGGCAAAUUCAGGCUUGUCGGAGCAGCCAAGCUUUUAUGAUACACUAUGUGGAGAAAAUGGAUCCACUCGCUUGGGAGAUAACAGAUGCAUAGAACCUGAAUCAAAUCUGACCGUCUAUUUCUUGGACAGAAACCUUUUUCCAAAUGGUGCAUGCCAAGGCUUUUGGCAGACGAAAAAUGUAACAGCAGCCUGUGCCAAAAAGGGCUGCUUUGUUCUCCAUAAUAAUUGGAUCAGUGGAAGGCAGAAGAAGCUAGAGCGGCAGGUGUUUUCAGGCCUAUGGGAGUAUGAUAUGGGCACAAGGAUGUGCCGACAAAGCUGGCAUUAGUCCAAAAUGAUAAUCUUUGAGUUGGUGCUUUUAUAUCUUCUAGUGACCUACUUCGGUUUUCACUUUUCACUUUCCAAAUAACAAAAACAGAAUGACCAUUUUUUGUCUCAUGUUUCUUAGCUAUGAAGAGCUUUGGUUUCUCCACCUUUUUUGUUCAAAACAUGUAAACAAAGUUUGAACAGCCGGCCAAAUAAAAAAAAACAGUGGAGAAGGCUGAAUGGCUUUUACAUUCACCUCAAGCUAGUAGAGAAAACUACCAAUAUCAG